ACGCGGUUUUUCCACACUUAUGAAUUAAUUGAUGACAAAACUUAUCGAGCAUUUCGAAAUCAAAAUAACAAUUUUGCGAGAACUUCUGGUGAUAGUAAUAAAGCAGAACACAUUUCAGUGAAGGUAACCAAAACAUAUCCAAUUUCGAAGCACAAAUACGAAAUCAUAAAAAAGUAAGGAUACUAAAGAUUUCUACACUGGAGCUACUCCACAAACGAAAACAUGGUGCAUGCAACAUCACAGUCAGCAUCAACAGAAAAGAAUGUCAAACCAUGCAUUGAAACUGACACCGAAGAAGUGAAUCAUAAAAAUCAAACAAAACAAUAUCUAUCUGAAAGUGAAAGUGGCGAUGAAUAUGACGAGGAUUUGGAAAAUGCGGUUUCCGAAUGCUCUUAUCAAACUGCGACGACAUCUUCUGUAGCUGAUACAGAUAUUUCAAACAUAUGUGAUCAACUACUUGUCCUGUCAACAACAAAUCACAAAAGUAUGGGCUCAACUAGAGGCAAGAAAAAACGUGGGAAAACGGCAAAAAAAGCAAAAAAGGCAAACAGAGCUCAAAAAAUCACUGAAGAAGAAAUUGAAGCAAUUAAGAAAAAGAAAAAAUUAGACGCUGACAAAGCAUAUGAGUUACGCCAAGAACAAAUGAAGAUCCGACAGGAAAAAAUAGAUGCCAGUGAUCGGAAUAAAAUUUACCGACGUCUAGCGCAAACUGCAGUGGAUAUGCUUAGAAAAGAAGAGAGAAAGCUUCCACCUGAAAUUAAACAAUUGGACGAAGACUUGGAAUAUUAUGUUGAGAACUCAAAAUUUUACCUUCGAAUCAAUUUGAGAGAUAGGUAUUUGGAAACAAGAGUUGAUGAAAUUAGCGAGAAAUAUAUUGGUCCUGCGUUGGAACACAAAACUGAGCUGUUGAAAAUUUACGAGGAUCUCAUUAAACGCAGUCUGCAGGCAUUCAGACUGUUUAUGUUUUUGAAAACAUUGAACGAAAAAUCUGUUGACUAUACUAAAUUCGAAGUGUUAACACUAUCUUUUGUUAUGAAAGGGUUCGAGGAUGAUUGGUUGGAAGUUAAUGGAACCUAUGAAGAAAACGAGUCAUAUUUAUCUUUCGAGAAGAAUAUUCUACACGAUAUUCCCGAAACAGAUCAACAUGUAAAUGCGGCUGAGUUUGUUAUGAACAAGUUGAUCUACUACGCAAAGAAGGACGAUGAUGGAACUUUAAAUCUGAAAGAAUGCCAUAUGAAAGAAGCCUACACCGGAGCAGGACAACUGAUUGCAGAGUACAAACAAUGCACGAAUGCGAUCGCUUUUCUUCAGGAUAAUAGAGAAAAUCUUGCGUACAACUUGAUGGAAGAAUGGUUUUUGGUGUCGAGGAAACCGUCUCCAAUUGUUUUAUAAAACUAUUCGAAAAUUGUUAUUUGUACAUUUAUAAACUGCAAAUUAAAACUUCUGGUUAAUAUGAUUGAGCUAGGAACUAAUUUGCAGUUUGUAAUUGCCGAACUUCAAUUUUUUGUUAUUUAUUUUAUCGAUUGUACCAUGAUUCAAUUCUGCGAUAAUUUAAUUCAAUACCGUUGUAAUAGAAAAGUGCUGAUUAAUUCAGUUAUUUUAAUGAAUACUGUGAUAAAAAUACAAAUGCGAAUAAAAAUUGAUAUUCCCAAA